AAAGUCCAACCUCCGCAGGCGUUCCGGGCGGCCGGGCCGACCUCCCAGACUUGGGCUGGGGCGGGCACCGACGGAGCGGCCCCGCGGGUCCUGCGCGCCCGCGGCUCCCGGAGACAGGCCAGGCCGAGAUGCGGCUGCUGCUGCUCGUGCCCCUACUGCUGGCCCCGGCGCCCGGGUCCUCGGCUCCCAAGGUGAGGCGGCAGAGUGACACCUGGGGCUCCUGGGGCAACUGGAGCCCCUGCAGCCGGACCUGUGGAGGCGGCGUUAGCUUCAGGGAGCGCUUAUGCUACUCCCAGAGGAGAGAUGGAGGCAGCAGCUGCGUCGGCCCCACCCGGAGCCACCGCUCUUGCAGCACCGAGAGCUGCCCCGACGGCGCCCGCGACUUCCGGGCGGAGCAGUGCGCAGAGUUUAACAGCCAGGAGUUCCAGGGGCGGCGGUACAAGUGGCUGCCCUACUAUGGGGCCCCAAACAAAUGUGAACUGAACUGCAUUCCCAAGGGGGAGAGCUUCUACUACAAGCACAGGGAGGCCGUCAUAGACGGAACACCUUGUGAGCCUGGCAAACGGGACAUCUGUGUGGAUGGCAGCUGCCGGGUUGUUGGCUGUGACCACAACCUGGACUCGUCGAAGCAGGAGGACAAGUGCCUGCAGUGUGGGGGUGACGGCACGACCUGCUACCCUGUCACAGGCGUCUUUGAUGCCAAUGACCUCAGCAGAGGCUACAACCAGAUCCUCAUAGUUCCCGUGGGGGCCACCAGCAUCCGCAUCGAGGAGGCGGCUGCCAGCAGGAACUUCCUGGCGGUGAAGAGCAUCCGUGGUGAAUACUACCUCAACGGGCACUGGACCAUCGCGGGCGCCCGGGCCCUGCCAGUGGCCAGCACCAUCCUGCACUACGAGCGGGGAGCUGAAGGGGACCGGGCGCCCGAGCGGCUCCACGCCCGCGGCCCCACCUCGGAGCCCCUGGUCAUCGAGCUCAUCAGCCAGGAGCCCAACCCCGGUGUGCGCUUCGAGUACCACCUGCCCCUGAGCGUCCCCCGGCCCGGCUUCAGCUGGGGCCACGGCUCCUGGGGCGACUGCAGCGUCGAGUGUGGCGGAGGUCAGCAGACCCGCCCGGUGUUCUGCACCGCCGACAAUGAGGUCUACCCCGAGCACCUGUGCCAGCACCAGCCGCGCCCAGCUGACCGCCGUCCCUGCAGCCCUCAGCCCUGCCCACACACCAAGCUGAUCUCUUACCUGCACCGGCCCAGGGCGUGGCACCUUGCUGGGGCCCAGCGUGUGUGCAGGAACAGCUGGAAGACAGGGCCCUGGACGCCCUGCUCGGCCUCCUGUGGGGGUGGCUCCCAGUCCCGCACCGUCUACUGCGUCGCAUCCGACGGGGCCGGUGUCCAGGAGGCUGCCGAGGACGCUGAGUGUGCCGCCCUGCCUGAGAAGCCCCCUACCACGCAGGCCUGCAACCUGCAGCGCUGCGCAGCCUGGAGUGCAGAGCCCUGGGGCGAGUGCUCCGUCAGCUGUGGCGCCGGGGUCCGGAAGCGACGCGUCACCUGCCGGGGUGACGAGGGCUCUCUGCUCCGUGCCGCGGCGUGUUCCUCGGAGGACCGUCCCCUGCUCGCCGAGCCCUGUGUGCGUGGCGAAUGUCCUCCCCUUAAUGAGCAGGCCUGGCACGUAGGCGCCUGGGGUCUGUGCUCCAAGAGCUGCAGCUCGGGCGCUCGGAGGCGCCAGGUGGUCUGCGCCGCUGGGCCGCCCAGCCGCUGCGGGAGCCUGCAGCCACCCAAGCCUGCGGAGGUGGAGCCCUGUAACACGCAGCCCUGCCACCUGCCUCCAGAAGUCCCCAGCAUACAGGACGUGCACACCAGCCCCAGGGACCUCUGGAUGUCUUUGGGCCCACGGGAGGCCCCUGCCUCAGAUUUCAGAGGCCAGCGGUGGACACCCCAGGAGCAACCCUCAGCUCGGGGUAACCCCGGAGCUGACCAGGGCCUGCAGCUGCCAGCCCCGGGCCCAGCCCCAUCCCUGCAGCACUCCUCACACCGGCAGCCCCUGCAGCCUGGCUCGGGGCCUCGUGACUGCCGACACAGCCCCCACGGGUGCUGCCCUGAUGGCCACACUGCAUCUCUUGGGCCGCAGUGGCAAGGGUGCCCUGGGGCCUCGUGUCAGCAAAGCAGGUUCGGGUGCUGUCCUGACGGAGUGUCUGUGGCCGAGGGGCCCCAACAGGCUGGCUGUGCGAGCUCUUACAGACGUGACAACACCGGGAGCAGGCCAGGGUCGAGAGCGGUGGCUUCCACACCUAGAGUUCCCACCAAGAUCCAGCAGAAUGAGCCCAGUGAGUGCCGGGGCUCCCAGUUCGGCUGUUGCUAUGACAACGUGGCGUCUGCCGCGGGCCCUCUGGGGGAAGGCUGUGUGGGUCAGCCCGGCUACGCAUACCCCGUGCGGUGCCUGCUGCCCAGCGCCCACGGCUCCUGCACGGACUGGGCCGCCCGCUGGUACUUCAUCGCCUCUGUGGGCCAGUGUAACCGCUUCUGGUACGGCGGCUGCCAUGGCAACGCCAAUAACUUUGCCUCGGAGGAGGAGUGUGUGAGCAGCUGCCGGGGUCCACAACACGGGCCCCGCCGACCCCAGCCCGGGGCCUCUGGCCAGAGCCCCCAUAGCGAUGGUGGCGGCAGUGGUCCUGGGGGCCAGCAGGAAGCCAGCCGGCACGGGACGGGGCCUGUGGUUCAGAGAAAGCCCUUGCCUUCCGGUGGCCUCUGGUGGCGAGACCGAGAGCCUGGCCCGGGGGCUGUGGACCACAGACAGGCCUUUGGAGAAGGGGCCCAGGGCCAGGAGCUUGGGCCCAGAGCCCCUGGACUGGGCGGAGCCGCAGGACAACCCGCGCCACCUUCCCACAGCGUCUCCUACAGGAUUACCCUGGCGGGCUCGGAGCCCUCCCUGGUACAGGCGGCCCUGGGGCAGUUGGUGCGGCUCUUCUGUCCAGAUGACAGCUCCCUGGACCCCCACACCGGGUGGCAGAAAGACGGGCGGCCCAUCUCCUCGGACAGGCACCAGCUGCAGCCUGAUGGCUCCCUGGUCAUCAGCCCCCUGCGGACAGAGGAUGCUGGCACCUACAGCUGUGGCAGCACCAGGCCAGACCGCGCCUCUCAGAAGAUCCAGCUUCGCAUCACAGGGGGUGACGUGGCUGUGCUUUCUGAGGCUGAACCGAGGCACUUCCCUCAGACCAGGGACCCAGCCCAGGGCCACCGUCCUCGGGAUCCCGGUCAAGGGGGAGAUGCUGGGGACCGGGGGGCCGUCUCCUCCUCGCACCCACGGCCCGUGACCAGGCUGCGUCCGGAACGGAACCAGCCUGGGGUGGUGGACGCCCAUCCGGGCCAGCGGAUCCGGCUGACCUGUCCUACCGAGGGCUUCCCACCCCCAACGAUAGAGUGGCAGAGAGACGGGCAGCCCCUCUCUUCUCCCAGACACCAGCUGCAGCCCGAUGGCUCCCUGGUCAUCAGCCACGUGGCUGUGGAAGAUGGAGGCUUCUACACCUGUGUCGCAUUCAACGGGCAGGACCGAGACCAGCGUUGGGUCCGGCUCAGCGUUCUAGGGGAGCUGACAAUCACAGGGCUGCCCUCUACCCUGACGGUGGCAGAAGGUGACACAGCCAGGCUGCUGUGUGUGGUGGCAGGAGAAAGUGUGAACAUCAGAUGGUCCAGGAACGGGCUGCCAGUGUGGGCCGAUGGCCACCGUGUCCACCAGUCCCCGGACGGCACCCUGCUGAUCCACAACCUGCGGGCCAGGGACGAGGGCUCCUACACGUGCAGCGCCUACCGUGGCAACCAGGCAGUCAGCCGCAGCACCGAGGUGAAGGUGGUCCCGCUGGCGCCGGCCGUCCAGUCGAGGGACCCUGGCAGGGAGUGCACCGACCAGCCGGAGCUGGCCAACUGUGAUCUGAUCCUGCAGGCCCAGCUCUGUGGCAACGAAUACUACUCCAGCUUCUGCUGUGCCAGCUGUUCCCGUUUCCAGCCUCCCGCUCAGCCCGUCUGGCAGCAACGAUACAGCUCAUAGGGCCGCGAGAAGGGAAGGCAGGCUCUUGGUGUCCCCUCUCUGGCUGGCAAAGGGAGUUCCCCUCCGGAGACGCUGUCCUGUCCAGAGCUGCCCCGGCUGUUGAGCGCCAGCAGUAGCCUCCCUCUGUAGUCCUAGCAGCGUGUGCUUCUCUGACGUGACCACACGUGCCUGCUGAGGUGUCGAGAAGAAGCAUCUAUUUGGAUACGGACAGCCUUCACUUUACAACUUCCCUCUAUAAUUUGUUAUACAGGAUCAGUGCACUGUGUUUUAAAGCAAGCUACCAGGGUUCUCACUUCCUUUAAAGCUGGGUGGGGAAGUGUGUAAUGAUCUCAAAGGGAACACCUAUCGCACGCGGGAACACUGACCUUGUUGCGUCAGGGAAGCAUUCUUUGCUAGAACUAGGUCGCGCCUGGGGUCCAAACAGUGGUUCAUUGCUCCAGCCUCUCUCGCCCUUCUAGGUCGUGUGGCGACCAGCCUCAGCUCCCAUCUGUGUGUACGGUUAACAGCACGAUGUUUGUGAAAACUCUCAACCAAGUGGAAUAUAAGGAGAGGCUCAGUACAGGGAUCGGGGAUGAAAGAGCAGCCUCUGCCUCGCUAUCUGAGUAUGAAAGAAUGAGGAAAGCUCCUGCUUCAUCAGGAGGCUGGAGCCCUCCGCCUGAGGCUGACACACACAGCCGAGCUGUGAGGACUGUCUCACACCUGCAUGCAGCAGGGGGGCCUGCUCGGGGCAGUGACCAAUGAGGAGCCUCUCCUCCUCAAGCAGGACUCUGUGAUGCAAAAUACUUUGCUGCCAGAGAAAAACCAGACUUUUGUUAGAAAAACAGCACCAGCAGGAUGGUGGGGACCAAUGGAGGGGAGGGUGAUGUAAUACAGGGAAGUGGUUUCAGAAAUGGUUUGAGAUGGAAGAGGUCAUUCUUCCUCUCUCGGAGCCUCUUAAUUUAAUUCCUUGCUGCUAAAACAAGAGGCCUGGUUUCAACAAGUUUCCAAGUUCCUUUCCACUUUAACCUUCUACAAAUCCUCCGGAGGACUAGCUGGGCCUAGAAACAGAGGUUACUCUGGGACACAAGAAAGACAGGCAUUAUAGGGAAAGGUGACUUUUAUUACCAACACACUGGCUGGAAAAGAGACAGACUGUAUCAUGGGUGAGUGAUACUUCUUGGUCUACCUCUCAUUCAACAAAAGAAACAACAGGCCAGGGGCACAGGUCUUUUUUUCUUUCCAUUAAAAAAAAAAUAUUGAGGUGCAUCUCCAUUCAUUUACCAUAGCUGGUUUUGCUAUAGAAAUGGGAAAACAAGGGCUACUUUCUUGGACUCCCCCGUUCUCCAGUUAAACUAGUAUUUGGCAAAUUGGAGACACACUUCAGAAGGUAAGUUUGAAGUUAGCUAGCUCUUCUUGGAACUAGUCACAGAGUAGUGAGUUAAGGUUACAGCUGAGAGUAAAACUCAAUCUAGACCAGUGGUUCUCAACCCUCUUCCACACUGGGAGCUUUUUAAAAAACUGAACUUGGGGUUCUACUCCCCAGAGAUUUUGAUUUAAUUGGUCUGGACUAUGGCCCGGGAAAGAGGAUUUAAAAAGCUCCCAGAUGAUUCUAAUAGGGAUCCAAGGUUGAAAAUCAUUGUUCCAACCCAGCUUCUCAGAAUGAGUCUUGUUAAAAUGCAGAUUCUGAUUACUAGGUCUGGGGUGGGGCUGAGGUUCUGUAUCUCUAACCAGUGCCAGGUUGAAGUCUGCAUUUUGAGUAGCAAGAAUCUGACAUCAGAGAUGCACUUAGGAACAACCAAAGCCUCAAGUGUGAAUACAAAUAUGAAUGUUAAGAAUACACCAGUCCCAGGGAAAGAUUUUCUAGCCAUCAAACUAGAGAUCUGUGGC